GUUUAGACGUUUAGUUAAAACAGAUGAAUGUUUAGUGAGUUGUUCACGGGAGGCUAGAAAGGAAUCACGAAUUCUGAGUGAAUAAUUGCAUUGUGCCAGAUAGUGCAAUGUUAUUAUUUUUUGUUGAACAACAUCUUAGGGAGGCGUGUAAAGUUACAUCCCGUGAGACAGUUGUGAUUGUCUUAUGACAGGUUUCUUCCUUCUUCCGUUUACGCGACCCAAGUCAAAAUACGCUCCGGCGAGGAGUCCUCUCUCCUUUCAGUGUGGCAUUCCGUGCAAUAAGUAAGUCUAUCAUGAGUGCAAAAUUGGGAGCUGUCGGUAGCCCUUUCAAACUCAUCAUAGUUUUACUGAUCUUCGGUUGCUGUCACACGUUCGCGCUAAAGCCACACAUUUUAGGCAGACAUAGACUCACUUCACUGACUGCUCAGCGGCCCAUCACAUACAAAACUUGCUACUUUGAACAGCAGAUUGAUCAUUUUGGAUUUUUGGAAAACGGCACAUUCAAGCAGAGAUAUCUUGUAAAUGACUUACACUGGCAUAAGGAGGGAGCACCUAUACUCUUCUACACGGGCAAUGAAGGAGACAUCGCAUGGUUCUGCAACAACACUGGUUUCAUGUGGGACACGGCCGAGGAGCUUGGUGCAAUGCUGGUUUUUGCUGAGCACCGUUACUACGGCGAGUCCCUCCCGUUCGGACAGGAGUCUUACAGCGAUGCGAAGUAUUUGAACUACUUGACCUCAGAGCAGGCCUUAGCAGACUUUGCUGUUCUAAUUCAAGCUCUGAAGAGGACCGUUCCCGGAGCCCGGGGGAGUCCGGUCAUUGCCAUCGGAGGGUCAUACGGAGGCAUGCUGGCGGCUUGGCUGAGGAUGAAAUACCCCAGUGCGGUCAUAGGUGCUCUGGCUUCCUCUGCUCCAAUCUGGCAGUUCACUGGCAUGGUCCCAUGCGGUGAUUUUUACAAAAUUGUCACCAAAGACUUUGCUAAUAGUGGUCCCAACUGCAGCAAGAACAUCAAGAGAUCAUGGACAGCUAUCAACAAUCUGUCAUCCUCAGAGGCAGGUCUCGAGUGGCUUUCUAAGGAGUUCAGUUUGUGUUCGCCACUCAAAAAGCCUGAGGAUGUGUUUGGACUGAAAUCCUGGCUGCAGGAGACCUGGGCCAAUCUGGCAAUGGUGGACUAUCCUUAUGAAGCUAACUUCCUACAGCCCCUUCCACGCUGGCCCAUUGAGGUUGUCUGCAAACACCUCUACUUUGAUAAAGAUGUGUCUGAUUACCAGCUGUUACGUGGUAUUUCUGACGCAGCCAAAGUGUAUUAUAAUUACACAGGAAACACCCAGUGCUUGAACAUCUCUCAGACUGCCACAGGAAACCUGGGAAUGAUGGGAUGGUUUUACCAGGCCUGUACGGAGAUGGUGAUGCCCUUGUGUACUGACGGGAUUGAGGACAUGUUUGAACCCCAGCCGUGGGACUUCCAGGCCUUUUCGGAUGAGUGCUACUCUAUGUUUGGGGUCCGACCACGGGAGGACUGGGUAGAAACAGUCUACGGCGGAAAGAAUAUUAGUUCCCACAGUAACAUUAUCUUCAGCAACGGAGAUCUGGACCCCUGGACGAGUGGUGGUGUGACAGCGAAUCUCUCUCACUCUCUGGUGGCUAUUAAGAUCAGCAAUGGCGCUCACCAUCUGGACCUGCGCUACAACAAUGAAUACGAUCCCGCGUCUGUUAUCACGGCCCGUCAAGAGGAGGUGAAAUAUUUCAAGCAGUGGAUAAAACAGGCAACAAGCUCCCGGUGAUAUUUUAGACGAUAGAAAACAAUAUUGAGUUAAGGUUGAUUUUUUUUUUCAUUUUUUUAAAGAUCACCAGUUUCAUUUUGUAUACAUUCAGUGUUUGUCAGUAACUUCAGGUGAAACAGUCACUGUUUUUUGAUUAUACCAAAUGGGAAUUCAAAUGAACCAAAGAGUGUAACACUGUAGAUUUCACGAUGCUCUUUUUCUUUAAUGUAAAAAAAAUGCAGAUUGCAUAACUGACCUGCAGAGGUUAUUGACUUGCACUAACAUCUAACUAACAGAUGCAAACAUUAGUGAUGAUCCUGAAAUGUAAUAUGAAAGUCAUAAAAACCCUGGAGAGUUAACUUAUUCAGUGUUUUUGAUCAAGCUACUUCAAGCCAUUUCUCCAGAUUUUGAACUGAAAUCCACACGUAAAGGAGGAUUUCGAGGUGAUGGAAGUUUGGGCUUCAUGUCAAAUGAAUCAGGAUAUCAGGUCACAGUGAACCUUGGUCUGUUGAUAGUGUUAUACUUGAUUAUUAUAAACACCAAAAUGCUCUUAACGGAUCUUCAGGGAUUUUUUUUUUCUAUUUCAUACCAAAAAAAAAAACCCAACACAAAAGCAAAAAAAUGAACCCAAGCAGGCAUAAAAUAAGCAGUUAUCCUUGUUAAUUAUCUAGUGACUCUGGCAUACGAUUUUCACAUUUUCCCCUCUCACGUGAUGUGUUGUAAUGAUUG